AUGACAAAAGAUAAUGAGGGUAAAAGAAUGAAACUGGAAGAAUUAACUUCAGUAAUAUGUACAUCUCUAAUAAAAUCGAAAAGUUGUUUAAAUAAAUCAUCAGAUAAAGUGAAUUAUACAGACAAGACUGAACUAAAGCAAUCUUCAGCCCUGUUAUCAGACCAUUUAGUUUCAGUACAGCAAGAGUUCAACAAGUGGAUCAGCCUACAUAGAGUGAAAACCAUGGAUUCUACGGUUACAAAGGGCCAAACGGCCAUGCCAAACAUGGCAGGAGAUAUAACGAAAAAGGCCUACGACAAAGAGACGUUCGCGUCGCUCAUGGAGUGCUGCAGCAGACUGUUCUUCUGCGACGAGGAAAUAGUUAUAAUAGACCUUUUCCUAGCAACGGAGAAGGCAAUUUCUGAGAAGGACCUGGAGGACGAAUUGGGGCUCUCAGAUAACAGACUGAGAGAACACCUGUUUAGACUUGAGAAGCAAGGAAUACUGAAAAGAUUCUCAAGUUCAACAGUGACAAACAUUUUAAACAAACCCCAAAAAACAUAUAAAAAGGAUACAAGAGAAGCAGCAUCAUCGCACUCGUACUGGAGAAUCAACAACCACGUAAUCCUGGCAAUACACUAUAAGCUGACGAGAAUGGAGGAAGUGCUGCAGCAGAGACUGAAGGGACUCCACGAGUCGGACAAGUUCGUGUGCCCGAAGUGCGAGGAGACGUACGACUCGCUGACAGUGCAGACGCUGGAAAUGGACGGAUUCGACGCACAUUUCAUAUGCAAGUGCGGAACGAAGGUGGAACUGGACGACAAGUCGACGAAGGAGGACAUAUACUCGUCGCAGCAGAGAAGGUUCCAAGACCAAGUUAAAACACUUAAAAAGUGCCUCUACGACGCAUGGGGAAUGGACGUGCCGGAGUUCCCGACGUUCACAAGGAAGCAGGAAAAGUCAGCGGAGGCAGGAAACCUGGAGUCGUCGAGCGUAGUGGGAGACAGCUCGAGCAUGGUGGGAGGAGAAAGCAGCGUGGCGAGCGGAGGGAGCGAGUUGCAGUACAAAACGGCAGGACACACAGUGUCAGAUUCAGGAAGGCCGGAGUCCUCGGCGCUGGCGGGCAGGACGGACAACAGGAAGAUCAAGUUCCACAUGAAGGUGACUCCGAAGGACCCGUCGCCGUCGUCGAUCGCACAGAGGCCGAAGACAAUGACACAGAAGCCGCAGGAGGCGGAAAACACACAACACACAAAGUCGUGGGAGAAGAAGCACGAGGAGCCAGUACCGGACUUUUACAUAUCGAAGCUGAACAAGACAGUAAGCCUAAUGGGUAAGUUGGAAUCUGCACAAAAACGCAUUUAG